UGUUUUUACGGAUCCCCUUUAAGCUGACUUUACCGCAAGGCAAGUGAGGUUUACGGCUAAACCAUCUCUACGGAUCCGGAAGAGAUUAAACUAAGCUGUCUGGGAUUAAAUACAGGAACAAUGAAGCAGUUAUUAGAAAGCUUCAGCUGGUGGCCCUGAGUACCUCUAACUCUGACUGUUAAGCUAUCGACGACUGUGUGGAGGUGCUAUGGACUGUAAGGGGUCGGUUCACACUCUUAACUACACCAUGAAGCCUAUCACGUUACCCGACACCUUGAGAAUUAACGAAGCCGGUGUAGGUGGCGCUUCAACCCCGACCUUGUCUCCUAACCUGCCAAGUAUCGUAAAGGUAGAGCCUCGUCUGCCAAGUCCUCGUGUAGGCAGCCCCAUGGAGGCUGGGGUUGGUGUGGGAGUUUUUAACUCAAGCAAACGAUUGCGGUUGGAUAAUGGGUCUCAGAUGUGCUUUGGUUCUUUGUCUCUCCCACCUCCUUACUCUAUGUUAAUCAGCAACGGACUUUCCCCUGACUCAGUUAGCAGCUAUGAUGGAAACAGUUUAUCAGGUGAGUACAAGUAUACUUUCUUUCCCCUGACUCAGUUAGCAGCUGUGUUGGAAACAGUUUAUCUGGUGAGUACAAGUAUACUUUCUUUCCCCUGA